AUGAAAAGACUCGUAUCACUAGUUGCCAAACACUUUAGACUAAAGUGUCGGGUAAGUUUUCGAUACAGCGUGCUCCAUAUCACCUCUUAUGUCGCCCUGACAUCUUUCAAACCAUCCCAACAGAUACCCUUUCUGAAUCGAUCGACCCAGCUGAUGCCAAGUCCAUAUUCGGCACUGAAGAUGUUGAAGAGAUCCGAGACCGCGCGCUCAUUUUACUGGAUCGCCGGAUGGAGCUUCUUCAGUUGCGCGAAUGUUCUUGGUCCCAGAACGACCAUUUCUUCGAUGUUUGGCUCGACACUCGCGGGCAGUCAGAGGGCGAUUCCGAGCCCAUGCCUCCUGCACUGUCAGAAUUUCGUGGUUUACAUCAACGAUUGAACGCGACGGGAAGAAGUGUCAAGAAGGCGAAACAUCACCAGCUACCUGCACAUAAUCGAUCGGGAACACGCGGUCCUAUGGAGACAUCUGGCUCGACGACUCGGCGCGGCCUCCAUCGCUGGCCCGUGACGUUCAGCAAGUGCGGGGCAUUCAGGCGCAGAUGGAUAUGAGCGACGAGGCUCAACUCGCAAAGGAGGUGGGGCCUUUCUCCGCAUAACUCCUCGAGCAGGACGGUGAGAUGGGCAGCUCUUCGGAUGAAAGCUACGGCGAUGACUUUGCUGGUCAGGAAGACGAAUACUUCUCGGGCGUUUAG